UCGCAUUAUUACCAUACAACGACACAGAAAGGGAUCAUCGGAACAGCCAGUCAAAAUGGCUAUGAUCGUUGCUCCCAAGGAUGUGGAUUACACCAUUAAGCCCGAGGCUGCCACCCCAGCUGCAGACUCGAGCGAAUGGCCGCUUCUGUUAAAAAAUUACACCAAUUUACUUGUACGCACUGGACACUUCACUCCCAUUCCAGUUGGCUGCAAUCCUCUCAAUCGCGACCUCAAGUCAUACAUCAGCUCGGGUGUGAUCAAUCUCGACAAACCCUCAAACCCCUCCAGUCACGAAGUCGUCGCAUGGGUUAAGCGCAUGCUAAGAGUGGAAAAAACUGGUCACAGCGGUACCCUCGAUCCCAAGGUUACUGGAUGUUUGAUCGUGUGCAUUGACCGUGCAACAAGACUCGUCAAGUCGCAACAAGGUGCUGGAAAGGAGUAUGUCUGCGUGAUACGAUUACACGAUAAGCUUCCAGGAGGUGAAGCACAGUUUGCGCGAGCUCUUGAGACAUUGACCGGUGCCCUUUUCCAACGCCCUCCUUUGAUCUCCGCGGUGAAGCGACAACUCCGUAUCCGAACCAUUCACGAAAGCAAGCUGUACGAGUUCGACAAUGAGAGACACCUGGGCGUUUUCUGGGUCAGCUGUGAAGCAGGAACCUAUAUCCGUACACUGUGUGUCCAUUUAGGUCUCUUGUUGGGUGUCGGAGCUCAUAUGCAAGAAUUGCGCCGUGUUCGCAGUGGUGCUAUGGACGAGACCAAGGGUAUGGUCACUCUUCACGAUGUGUUGGAUGCCCAGUGGAUGCAGGAUAACACUCGCGACGAGUCCUACUUGAGAAGAGUGAUUUCACCUUUGGAAACACUUCUCACCACCUACAAGAGAAUUGUUGUAAAGGACAGUGCUGUCAAUGCUGUAUGCUAUGGUGCCAAGUUGAUGAUUCCCGGUUUACUGCGUUAUGAGUCUGGUAUUGAGGUUCACGAGGAGGUUGUGCUUAUGACUACCAAGGGAGAGGCCAUUGCUUUGGGCAUUGCCCAAAUGUCAACAGUUGAGCUCUCGACUUGCGAUCACGGAGUCGUCGCAAAGGUCAAGCGUUGCAUUAUGGAGCGCGAUCUUUACCCAAGAAGAUGGGGACUUGGACCUGUGGCUUUGGAGAAGAAGAAGAUGAAGGCUGAUGGCAAGCUUGACAAGUAUGGCCGAGCCAACGAAGCUACCCCCGCAAAAUGGAACAAUGAGUACAAGGAUUUCAACGCUCCCCUCGAAGGCUCUGCUCCAGCUCCAAUCGCCGCUCCGGAAACCCCGGCCAAGAUUGCGGAAUCAUCACCAGCUGGUUCCCCCGACCCAGAUGUUUCCAUGAUUAGUAAUGGUGUAGAGGAUGGUGGCAAGAAGCGUAAGAGACACGAGGGCGAGACAGCGGAAGAGAAGGCCGAGCGCAAGCGGAAGAAGAAGGAGAAGAAAGAGAAGAAGGCGAAGAAGGAAGGCAAGAAGGUCGAGGAUAGCGACAGCGAUUGAACCGGUUAAUUUGGGACAUUGGCUUGCUUUCUGUGCAUAUUCCACACGGCGUUAGUGUAUCAUACUUGCUGAAGGGCAGGAUAAGGAUAAAAGCGGAGUUUGCAGGAAAUUGAAUUUUUGUUAAAGCAGUCCCGUUACAAACAUGGGUGUGACUCUUUUCAACAGGUGCGAUGUCUAUCUGGACUUUGUCUUGAUCAGUUCUGGGCCAUAUGCUUUGGAGAUAGACGUUCUUGGCCCCAGCGAGCUUUGUGAGAGGACUCGAUAAGAGG